AUGGCCGACCUCCAAGGACGGAAGGUCUUCAAGGUCUUCAACCAGGACUUUAUCGUCGAUGAGCGCUACACCGUCACCAAGGAGCUUGGACAGGGCGCCUACGGCAUCGUCUGUGCUGCCGUCAACAACCAGACCAACGAAGGCGUCGCUAUCAAGAAGGUCACAAAUGUCUUUAGCAAGAAGAUUCUCGCCAAGCGCGCCCUGCGCGAGAUCAAGCUGCUCCAGCACUUUCGCGGUCACCGCAACAUCACAUGUCUGUACGACAUGGACAUUCCUCGACCCGACAACUUUAACGAGACGUACCUGUACGAGGAGCUGAUGGAGUGCGAUCUGGCGGCCAUCAUCCGUUCUGGCCAGCCCCUCACCGACGCCCACUUCCAGUCCUUCAUUUACCAGAUCCUGUGCGGUCUCAAGUACAUCCACUCGGCCAACGUCCUGCACCGAGAUCUCAAGCCCGGAAACCUGCUGGUCAACGCCGACUGCGAGCUCAAGAUUUGCGAUUUCGGCCUGGCCCGAGGCUUCUCGGUCGACCCUGAGGAGAAUGCCGGCUACAUGACCGAAUACGUCGCUACUCGAUGGUACCGAGCUCCUGAGAUUAUGCUGAGCUUCCAGAGCUACACCAAAGCUAUUGAUGUUUGGUCCGUCGGCUGUAUUCUGGCCGAGCUGCUGGGCGGCCGACCUUUCUUCAAGGGUCGCGACUACGUUGACCAGCUGAACCAGAUCCUCCACAUCCUCGGAACCCCCAACGAGGAGACGCUCUCGCGCAUUGGAUCUCCCCGAGCCCAGGAAUACGUGCGCAACCUGCCAUUCAUGCCCAAGAAGCCUUUCCCCAGCUUGUUCCCCCAGGCCAACCCAGACGCCCUCGACCUCCUCGACAAGAUGCUCGCCUUUGACCCCUCGUCUCGUAUCAGCGUGGAGCAGGCUCUUGAGCACCCCUACCUGCACAUCUGGCACGACGCCUCGGACGAGCCUGACUGCCCCACCACCUUCAACUUCGACUUUGAGGUGGUUGAAGAUGUCGGUCAGAUGCGCAGCAUGAUCCUGGAUGAGGUGAUGCGAUUCCGACAGCUCGUCCGUACCGUUCCCGGACAGGGAGGUGCUGGCGGUGCUCCUGGCCAGCAGGGCGGCGCUCAGGUCCCCAUGCCCCAGAGCGGCAACCAGUGGACUGCUGAGGAUCCCCGACCACAAGAAUAUGUUGGUCACGGACACGCGGGACUCGAGCAGGAUCUCCAGGGCGGCCUCGACGCAUCGAGGAGGUAG